AUUAGAUGCUGCCCCCAUGCCUACAUAGGAAGUAAUAACUUAUUAAAGAAAAUUUGAAAGGUUUGGAACAAGUAAAGAAAAUAUCACUUUUGAAGAGAGAAAUAGACAUUCAGAUUUAGAUGAUGGCGGAUUGCAGGUUCGGGUUGAAAUUAGUAGGAUUGGUUGUUGUUCUAAUUGUUAUUGGAUUUGAAGAAAAAGUUGUGAAUGGGAUUAAUCCGAAUGGAAAGACGUGUGAUUUCUUUCAAGGGAAUUGGGUUUUGGGUUCGUCUUAUCCUGUUUACAAUUUCACAACUUGCCCAUUCAUUGAGCAUGAAUUCAAUUGCCUGAGAAAUGGCCGCCCAGAUUUUGAUUAUCUCACUUAUCGCUGGCAACCCCAUGCCUGUAAUCUCUCCAGAUUCGACGGUAAAAAAUUUCUAGAGAAAUUCAAAGGAAAGAGUUUCAUGUUUAUUGGAGACUCUCUUAGUCGAAAUCAAUGGCAGUCACUCACUUGUAUGCUUUACACUUCGAUGCCCAAAGUUAAUUACACCAUCGUAAGACAAGGCGACAUCUCAAUUUUCACUUUCACGGAUUAUGGAUUGAAAGUGAUGUUGGAUAGAAAUGUGUUCUUAGUAGAUGUUGUGCGUGAGAAAAUCGGUAGAGUGUUAAAACUCGAAUCCAUCUCGGGCAGCAAGUUAUGGAAAGGGAUUGAUUUCCUUAUCUUCAAUACUUGGCAUUGGUGGAACCGUAGAGGACCUUCUCAACCAUGGGAUUAUAUUGAAGAUGGAAAUAAACUAUACAAGGAUAUGGAUAGAUUGGUAGCAUUUGAGAAGGCACUAGUGACAUGGUCUAAAUGGGUUGAUGAUAACAUUGACCCGACCCGGACUAAUGUUUUCUUUCAAGGGAUUUCUCCUUCCCAUUACAAUGGUACAGGCUGGGGUGAACCUAAAGUUGGGAGUUGUAAGGGGCAGGAUAAACCAUUGUUGGGGUCGAGUUUUCCGGGAGGGUUACCACCCGCGGUAGGGGUGUUGAAGAUGGUUUUGAGCAAGAUGAAGAACAAGAAGUUAGUGACACUUCUUGACAUUACUAAUCUUUCACUUUUACGAAAAGAUGGUCAUCCAUCCAUCUAUGGUCUUGGAGGUCCUACAGGGAUUGAUUGCAGUCAUUGGUGCCUAGCCGGUGUCCCUGAUACUUGGAACCUUAUUUUUUUCAAUUUAAUCCUAGGUCCUAAUAGUUUAUAAGUGAAAUGGAGUUCAAUUUAUACUUACUUUUGAUGAAAGAAGGUAAAAUUGUAGUUAUACCCAUGAACUUAAUUUGUGUCAUUGGAUUUCUAAUUGUAUUGACAAGGUAUAUUUAAGGUAA